CCAGCUUCCCUUAAGUAUGUCAUGUAUUGUCUGAGCACCUUGCCAGAUCUACCUGUUAAAGUGACACUACAGUAUGCCUCCUGCAGGACUCAAUCUGAGCCAUUCAAGAUGUUUUUUAUCAAGAUAUAUGUUUCUUACUAUGUAUUUUCUGGUAUUAGGCCAAACAGAUGCGGAGAAAACGCUGAAGUUUGUUGUUCUGGUAUUUCGUCAUGGUGAUAGAAGUCCUAGUAUGACAUAUCCUAACGACAAAUAUCAAGAAAACUCUUGGCCAGAUGGGUUUGGACAGCUGACUCAGCUUGGCAUGGAGCAACACUAUGAGCUGGGGAAGUAUUUGAGGAAGAGAUAUUCUGGAUUUCUGAAUGAGACCUACAGUAGGCAUGAGGUUCAUGUGAGAAGCACAGAUGUGGAUCGUACAUUAAUGAGUGCCCAAGCCAACCUUGCAGGCUUAUAUCCACCAGUUGGCCGGCAAAUCUGGAACAAGAAUAUUGCAUGGCAACCGAUUCCAGUCCAUACAGUGCCACUCUCAGAGGACAAUCUGAUUUCCAUGCCAUUACAAAACUGUCCUCUGUACAAUAAACUGCAGAUCGAGACAUAUGCAUCACAAGAGUAUCAUGAUCUUGUAGACCCGUAUAAGGACUUUAUAUACAGUUUACAAAAUGGCACUGGCUUCUCAUACGAGGAGCUGAAUUACCUUUAUAACUUGUGGAUAACAUAUGAUGCUUUGCUCUGUAAGCAAAUUCACAAUUAUACUAUGCCAGACUGGGCAACCGAAGAUGUUAUGGACAAACUGUCUCUUCUAUCUGAUAUUUUCAUGUCAACUAUGUUUGGAGUAUACAAACAACAUGAGAAAUCCAGGCUACAAGGAGGUGUCCUUGUGAGUUCCAUUUUAAAAAAUAUUACACACGCUGCAACCACACCAUCCAGCAAUCUCAAGUUAAUCAUGUACUCUGCGCAUGACACUACAAUAGUUGCUCUCCAGAUGGCUCUGAACGUCUUCAAUGGAAAAUCACCUCCUUAUGCGGCAUGCCAUAUUUUUGAACUUUAUAAAGCAGAUAAUGGGGAAUACACUGUUAAAAUGUAUUACCAAAAUGACUUAUUGGUGGAUCCAUACUUGGUCACUUUGCCAGGCUGUUCUUCAUCGUGUCCUUUGGCGAAGUUUACUGAGCUGACAUCGUCAAUAAUUGCAGAAGACUGGGAGAAAGAAUGUGAAGCUGAGGUAGACGGGGAUAAAAUCUCAGGGACUGUUUUUGGACUCAUCAUUGCUGUGGUCAUCCUAAGUGUCGCAUUCCUUGGUCUGCUGAUCUUGCAUUGCUGCUGGAGGAAAAAGUCCAUAAAUUACAAAUUAGUAGGAUUAUAAACUAGACAAAUAUUGAAUGAAAAAAAAUAUGGUUUAAAGGGGUUGUCUCACUUCAGCUAAUAGCAUUUAUUAUGUAGAGAAAGAUACUACAAGCCUCUUACUAAUGUAUUGUGAUGAUCCAUA